CUCCGGAAAAGAAAGAAAAAAAACCCUAAUUUGUUGUAAAUCUCAGAAUUGAUUAAGACUCAAAUUCAAAGUGACCGUUGUUCUCGAAACCCCUCGUAAGUUCCAAUGGAAGCUUCACUAAUGGCGGAUUUGCAGAGAUUUCUACAAGAUCGCUGCUUAAGCGUUUCGAAUCUCCCACACAAAGGCCGCUCUCUAUUCACUACCAGAGAUAUUCGUCCAGGAGAAGUGAUUCUAAGCCAAAAGCCAUAUAUUUGUGUUCCGAAUAAUACAUCAUUGGAAUCAAGGUGUGACGGAUGUUUCAAGACCAAUAACCUUAAGAAAUGUUCUGGUUGUCAAGUGGUUUGGUACUGUGGGAGUUUUUGCCAGAAGUCAGAGUGGAAGUUACAUCGACAUGAAUGCAAAGCUCUUACUAGGCUUGAGAAGGAGAAACGGAAGUUUGUUACUCCUACAAUACGUCUGAUGGUUAAACUUUACAUCAAGAGGAAUUUGCAAAAUGAAAAGGUCCUGCCAAUUACGUCAACAGACAAUUAUAGUUUGGUGGAGGCUUUGGUGUCCCACAUGUCUGAGAUUGAUGAAAAGCAGAUGUUGUUGUAUGCACAGAUGGCUAAUCUUGUGAACUUGAUUCUUCAAUUUCCUAGUGUUGACCUAAGAGAGAUCGCCGAGAACUUCUCAAAGUUCUCAUGCAAUGCUCAUAGCAUUUGUGACAGCGAAUUGAGACCUCAAGGGAUAGGAUUGUUUCCAUUGGUUUCCAUCAUUAAUCACAGCUGCUCUCCCAAUGCGGUUUUAGUGUUUGAGGAGCAGAUGGCUGUUGUUCGGGCGAUGGAUAACAUAUCAAAGGAUUCAGAGAUAACUAUCAGCUAUAUUGAAACCGCGGGAAGCACUCUGACUCGGCAGAAGUCUCUGAAAGAACAAUACCUCUUCCAUUGUCAGUGUGCCCGUUGCAGUAACGUUGGAAAACCUCAUGAUAUUGAAGAAAGUGCAAUAUUGGAAGGCUAUCGGUGUUCCAAUGAGAAAUGCACUGGUUUCUUACUCCGUGAUCCUGAAGAAAAAGGCUUUGUUUGCCAGAAAUGCUUGCUUCUUAGGAGCAAGGAAGAGGUUAAAAAGUUAGCAAGUGAUCUCAAGACAGUUUCAGAGAAGGCUCAUGCAUCUCCUUCCGCAGAAAAUAAACAAGCCGCUAUUGAACUAUAUAAGACAAUUGAGAAACUACAAGUUAAGCUUUACCAUUCUUUCUCCAUCACUUUAAUGAGAACCCGUGAAAAACUUCUCAAGAUGCUAAUGGACUUAGAAAUCUGGAGAGAAGCUUUGAAUUACUGCAGACUCAUAGUCCCUGUUUACCAAAGAGUAUAUCCAGCAACCCAUCCUUUGAUUGGACUGCAGUUCUAUACCCAGGGAAAACUCGAAUGGUUACUGGGGGAAACCAAAGAGGCGGUGAGUUCACUAAUUAAGGCAUUUGACAUUCUGCGGAUCAGCCACGGGACAAGCACACCUUUCAUGAAAGAGCUCUCAGCAAAGUUGGAGGAAGCUCGGGCAGAAGCUUCUUAUAAGCUUGCUUGCAUUGAAAAACGCUUAUAAUGAUGACAACUAGCAACUUUGAUCUUACUCUUGUACUCAUGAAUCGCUUUCUCUACUCUCUACAAAUCUUGACUAAAUUGAAUUGGCUUUAGAAAUUCUAGAGCUACUUGAUAAAAAUGAUAUUUUCUAUUUGAUCUAAUAUAAUUUGGUUGGUUCAGGAAGAAAAA